AUGGCUGAAGCGUCCUCUCAAGUGCAACAGAACUCUGACCUUGACUGCGAGGAUGCAGUCAACGCCCAUAUCCAGCUGCAGCUCUAUGCCUCGAAUGUGUACGAGUCGAUGGCCUUCUACUUUGACCGUGAUGAUGUGGCCCUGGGGAACUUAAAGCAUUUCUUCUUGAGCAAGUCACACAACUGCAAGGCUGGUGCCGAGAUGUUCAUGUACCUUCAGAAAGAGCGUGGAGGCCGCGUUGUCUCUCAUGAAAUCGGGAGACCAGAAGGUGAGAGUUGGCAUGGGGCCGUUCAGGCCUUGGAGUGUGCCUUGCACUUGGAGAAAGUCAUCCAGAAGAGCCUGCUGAACCUGCAUGAAUUGGCCAAAGCAGAAAACGACGCCUGUCUCUGCCAUUUCCUGGAGCAACACUGUCUGGAUGCGCAGGUCCAAGUUCUGAAGGAGAUAUGCUACUACUUGGAUAACCUGCAUCAGAUGGGGGCUCUGGAGCAGAACUUGGCUGAGAACUUCUUUGACAAGCUCAGCCUGUCAUAA